AUGGCCGGCAGCAAGCACCCGAACCCGACGUCGGUCGAACUCCUUUGCCAAGCCAAGAAGCAGCGCUGCGUGAGCCAGAAGCAGCUCGAGAGCAACCGCGCGCGCUCCAAGAAGUACUACGAAGAGCACCGCGAGCACGUGCUCGCCAAGCUCCGUGCCAACUACCUCGAGAACCGCGAGAAGGAGCGCUUGCGGCAGCGGGAAAAGUAUCUGCGCUUAAAGGCGCGCAAGAUGCACGAAGAGCAGCAGGCGCGCGCCGCGGCCACGUCGCCCCUCGACAUCUGCCUCUGCGUCUCGUUCAUCCUCAACUAG